AUGUCAUCAUCUCCGUUGUGGAAACGGAGGCAGAAGUCUGCAGGAAAUACACCCUCACCCUCCGCGAGUAUGUCCUUGGCUGAAGUCAUGAAAUCUCCCUUUGGCAACCCACCAGAUGGGAUGACACUGACAGAGAUCACGUCACCAGUCGAAGGCCAUGGUCGUGAAGCACUGGAAAGUCACAAAGCGUCACCCGAACUCGACCACUCUGCCAGCAUGCCAAGCAUAGCCACGAAGCCCAUGGCCGCCACGCCAUGCAUGGCCCCGCUUUCUGCAAUGAAAGCGCCUGUGAGAUUUGCCGGAAGCGAGCCCUGGAACUUGCCCUUGCCCCUGAAAGAGCCGCACUCGAUGGAGCUGCCGCACAUGCCAGCCGAGCCCGCCAAGAACCUUCCAGAGCUGAAUAGCUUUGCACUGGCCAGACCCAAGUCGCGAGGCUGA